AUGGUUUCGCCUCCGAGGCGGUUGGUUCAUGUGCCGGUUGCAUUGGGGCAACGUAAUUCACGCCUUUCCUCUUCGUCAGGCCGACCUCGAUUAGACUCUUUCAUUUGUCUCUUUCUCUCUGUCUCUCUGUGUCUAUCCCUCUUGCUCUGCCAUACCAGAUUUGCAUCUGUCAGUGCGCAUCAACCUGCUACCGCUCACCCCUCUCUCUCUCUCUUUCUUGAUCACCCUCGUGAUGUGUCAAGCCUCCGUCUGACUGAUCUCUUUCUCUCAGCCCUCUUUCAUAUUCUGCCCAUUUGUCUGUCUGCUUGCAUGUACGAGUGUAUGUGUGUGUCUGUCCACUUUACUGCCCAUCCAUUUAUUGCUUUUUCCGCCUGGAAGCGUCAUCUCAUCGAUCAUAAUCUUUUUUUCUUCAUUCCUUCCUUGACACAACACCCACUCGAGCACACCACAAACCCUCCUCCCCCUUUUUUCUACACUCUCCUUCUGCCCGACUGUCUGCCUGUCGGUCUAUUUGCCUAUUUCCUCGUCAUCUCCUUCGUCCCUUCCUCCACCCUCUUCCCUCCUCGGUCCUCGGUCCUCCGCCAUUCCCCGUUUUCCAUUCUCCGACCAAUCGACGGCCCCACCAGUUUUCGCCCUGCCCUUGUCUGCUCUUCAUCUUUGCCCUGCUCUGCCCUGUCCUGUCCUGUCCUGUCCUGUCCUGUCCUGUCCUGUCCUGUCCUGUCC